AUGUUGGCUCGGAAGAGUAUCAUCCCUGAAGAGUAUGUGCUGGCACGGAUCGCUGCGGAGAACCUGCGCAAGCCACGCAUCCGAGACCGGCCGCGCAAAGCCCGCUUCAUCGCCAAGAACGGGGCAUGCAACCUGGCACACAAGAACAUCCGUGAGCAGGGGCGAUUCCUGCAAGACAUUUUCACCACCUUGGUGGACCUCAAGUGGCGUCACACACUGGUCAUCUUUACUAUGUCCUUCCUGUGCAGCUGGCUGCUCUUUGCCAUGAUGUGGUGGCUGGUAGCUUUUGCCCAUGGUGACAUGGACCCAAGCACAGAAAGUGCUACAAACAGCACGAAGUGGACACCCUGUGUGACGUGUGUCAGGUCUUUCACCUCUGCUUUCCUCUUCUCCAUUGAAGUUCAGGUGACCAUUGGUUUUGGGGGCAGGAUGAUGACAGAGGAAUGUCCCUUGGCCAUCACAGUCUUGAUCCUGCAGAACAUCGUGGGUCUGAUCAUCAACGCUGUGAUGCUGGGCUGCAUAUUCAUGAAAACUGCGCAGGCUCACAGGCGAGCAGAGACCUUGAUCUUCAGCCGGCAGGCAGUCAUUGCCGUGCGGAACGGCAAACUCUGCUUUAUGUUCCGAGUGGGAGACCUGAGGAAGAGCAUGAUCAUCAGCGCCUCGGUAAGAAUCCAGGUGGUGAGGAAAACUACCACCCCUGAAGGAGAAGUCAUACCCAUCCACCAAGUAGAUAUCCCUGUGGAUAACCCAAUCGAAAGCAACAACAUUUUUCUCGUGGCUCCUUUAAUCAUUUGUCACGUCAUAGACAAGCGGAGUCCUCUUUAUGAUAUCUCCGCCGCUGACCUGGCGCUCCAGGACCUGGAGCUCAUCGUGAUCCUUGAAGGAGUCGUGGAAACAACUGGCAUCACAACACAGGCCAGAACCUCCUACGUAGCAGAGGAGAUCCUGUGGGGUCACCGCUUUGUGCCCAUCGUCACGGAAGAGGAAGGUGUGUACGCGGUUGACUACUCCAAGUUUGGCAACACGGUGAAAGUGGCGGCGCCGCGUUGCAGCGCUCGGGAGCUGGACGAGAAGCCGUCCAUCCUCAUCCAGACCCUGCAGAAGAGCGAGCUGUCGCACCAGAACUCCCUGCGGAAACGCAACUCCAUGAGGAGGAACAACUCCAUCCGCAGGAGCAACUCCAUGCGGAGAACCAACCCCUCCCUCAUUGUGCCCAAAGUGCAGUUUAUCACGCCUGAGGGCAGCCAAAGUGCCUCAGAAACGUGA